CGACCAUCUAACAUCGUACAGCAGAUAUGGUACGGGCUACACUAGUAAAGCAGCGCAACGAGUCCCUCACAGUGAAGGACGAGCGCACGGGAAAGGUGUAUUCUAUCCCCAUCACCGAGAACUCCAUACCUGCCACUGCGUUCAAGAAGAUCGUCGCUCCUAGGAAAGGAGGGGAGAGGGAGGAGGACGAGACGGAGCGCGGGCUGAGAGUGCUCGACAAGGGGUUCCUGAACACUGCUGUGAUCAGGAGCGAGAUCACGUAUAUUGAUGGGGAGGCUGGGGUGCUGCGAUACCGUGGAUAUCCUAUCGAGCAGCUUGCAGUCAAUUCCUCUUACCUCGAAUGCGCUUAUCUCCUGAUUUAUGGCUCGCUCCCCACACGCACCCAGUUUCGCACCUUUGAGAACGAGGUCAUGCAUCAUAGCAUCAUGCACCACGAUUCUGAGGAGCUGUACAGCUCGUUCCGGUACGAUUCGCAUCCUAUGGCUAUCCUCACCAGCGCGUUUGCCGCUCUGGGGAGCAACCAUGCCGAUGCGAACCCGAGUUUGGCCGGGCAGAAUUUGUAUACCAGGGGCACGCCGGAGAGUCUGGCUGUGAUGGAUAAACAGAUAUUCCGUCUCCUGGGCAAGGCAACGACCAUGGCUGCCAUGGCCUACCGUGUGCGCCAAGGAAGGGCGUUCGUCACCCCCCCAGUGGGGCUGUCCUACACGGGCAGCUUCUUGUACCAGAUGGACCAUCUCGGCGAGGAGGGGUACAAGCCUAACCCGGUCCUGGAAAGAGCGCUCGAUGUCCUGUUUUUGGUUCAUGCGGACCACGAAUUGAAUGCGUCGUGUACGACUGUGUUACAGACUGGAAGCUCGUUGGUCGAUCCGUACAGUGCUAUUGCUGCCGGAUGUGCAUCCCUCUACGGCCCCUUGCACGGCGGUGCGAACGAAGCUGUCAUCCGCAUGCUCAUCUCCAUCGGUUCGCCAGACAACGUCCCCCAGUUUCUAGAGCAAGUGAAGCGCAAGGAAAGCGUACUCUCCGGUUUCGGGCACAGAGUGUACCGAACUUCCGACCCACGGUCGUUCAUCGUCCGCAAGACGGCGGACGAGGUGUUCGCCAUCACGGGUAAGGACCCGCUGCUCGAGACGGCGAUGCGGUUGCACGACGAAGCGAUGAAAGACGACUACUUCGUUUCGCGGAAGCUGGCGCCCAAUGUCGAUUUCUGGAGCGGGCUGAUCUACCGCGCCAUGGGCUUCCCACUUGACUUCUUCCCCGUGUUGUUCGCUGUGCCUCGGGUAGCGGGCUGGCUCGCCCAUUGGAGGCAGAUGAUGCUCCAAGAAGGUGGCGUGAAGAUCUGGCGCCCGAGGCAGAUCUAUGUUGGCCCGGAGGUGAGGGAGUUCGUCCCUAUCGAGCAGAGGAAAGAUGAGAGUAAGUCUCCGAGAGAGAAGCCGACUGAGGUGUAUCAUUCUGGUCAGAGCAGACGGUACUGGCUUGCAGAGUAUAAGGGAAAGGAGAGGGCCAAACUGUAAUUUUCCCACAGUUCAAAAUGCCCAAUUAUAGCCCAUGGAUAGUACAGACCGAUUAGUCGUAUCACUUGUAAAAUG